AUGAGACCUACAGGGAGGGUCCAAAGGCGCACUGCAGCAUGUACGCGAUGCCGCCAAAGGAAAAUAAAGUGCGACGCAAACCGGCCGACGUGUUCCAAGUGUCUCGAGGCAAACCUGCCAUGCGAUACGCGAGAGAACUCGUCUGGAUCUACUGUGCCGCAGAGUAUCGCUAGAUAUCUGGAAGGCUACAUCGCAUCUCUUGAGCGCGAAAGUGACAACACUCCACCGUCGACCUCAUCAUCUACCAACAAAACCCCAGCUUCUUCUCAAACGGUCCCACGGCAAAGAAAGAUACAUCUCCAUCAAGGUUCAACGGUGGUUGGUGUCGUCUUGGAAGCAAUCACCCCCUCUUAUCUCGGCAUAGAGAUAAAUCUACAUAUUCCCCGAUGCACCUUUACACCCACGCAGACCCCAACAGCUCGUAGGGGUUUGGAGCUCUUCGAAAUGCAAGAUCACAAUAGUUUGCCAAUUCAGAGCCCAUCCUCAACCCUCCCAUUAUCAGCUAUUACCCUUACAGUGGCGGAAUUCCUGCUCAACACCUAUACGAACCGGGUGAAUCCUCAGUAUCCCAUUUACCUCCCAGCAGACGUCCAGGAACCUUUCAAUGCGGUGUAUUAUCGAGCGGUGGCUGACCGAUCUUUGCUCACCGAGCCUUCUUCCUGUAAUACCUAUAUUGUCAGUCUGGUCAUGGCCAUUUCCCUUAGUACAGCUGCACGGCACAAACAGGCACAUGCUCAGUCGUUGGCAACUGGUUUGUUCAAGACUGCCGUCCAACACGUGCCUAAGAUGUGGUCGAAUGACUUGUCUGGUUUGCAGGCGUUGCUGCUGGCUACGCAAUACGUCUUUCUGAACCCCGACGUGGCUAAUCUGACCCUCUUGACCGGGUUGGCAAGUGAAGCAUGUAUCGACAUGGGUCUCCACCAAGAACCUCCAUCGGAUUGUGUACUGAACGCUCAAGAGCGGGAAUUACGACGUCGAGUCUUUUGGUGUGCGUGGGAGAUGGAAGUGGCCGUCGCCGCCUGCGUUCGACGGGCCCCGAAAAUCCCGAACGACAUCAUCACCACUGCUCUGCCUUAUGGGCCUGGCGACCUCGCCAUAUCACCAGCUCUCUCCGACAUGACGGACCAGUCGCCGAAUUUCAUGAUUUCCGGCCGCAUAUGGGCCUACAGAAGAUUGGAAAGCGAGAUCAUGAACGUACUGUAUCGCAGCCCCACCGUCUCAGAGGAUCCACUUCUACUGGAUGCUUGGAUUUCCGAAAUGGAGGACAAAAUAAGGACGUGGCGGGAAGAAGUCAACGUUGCUGCUGCUGACAACAAGGAUGACUCGAAAAAGUCGCAGUGGGACGAGCUCAUUCUUUAUGCUCAGAUUGGCUAUCACUACGUUCUGGUCUGUCUUUUUGGACCCUGUCCACGAAUUCCAACACGAUCUAGGCCGGAUCUACUCAAGGCUUUCGCAGCAGCUGUUUGUGUUGCGUCAGGCUAUUACGAUCAAGCUAAUUCGGCAGCAGGCCACACCAAAUAUGUCUUUCAUUCGUGCUAUCACACCUUUUCUUCGGCCAUAGUCUUUCUUUAUACCUUGGAAACCUGCAAAAACGCCAUCUUCGAGUCUUACACAUUCACCGAAAUCGAAAACUUCCUCGAGUACUUUCCCAUGUUGUUCUCGACCAUGGCAGAACGCUGGCCAGCAGUCUCGCGGUGCUCACAGGAGUUUCAGCAGCGGCUCCAGCCGAUCAAAGACGAGUACACGACUUUCAUCUUCGAGCGCGCCAGCGAGCCUGAUUACGAGGCGCCUGGGCGGAACAGUUGGCGAACUGUGGAGGGCGAUGGCGAACAGGAGAAACUGGAUGACAAUCUCUACGAUAUACCGUACGAUUGGAAUGUUGAGUUUGGCUUUGGAAUCGACAACAUGUUCUCAAAUUAG